CUCGAGCAAGUCAAAUGCUCGUACGACAGCAUCGCGUCUCUCAUCGAGCCGGCCGACAAGCCGGCGCUGAGAUUCCCAGAUGACAGCCGGGGAUCCAUUAGCCACAGGGACCUGCGGAAGUUUGCAGCCGACUUCGACCUUCCAAUUGCCGAUACUCGGAGCAGAAGUGGGCUAAAACCCAUCGUCUGUAUAGCAAUCCCCAGCGGGCCAAUUCUUGCUGCCGUGUGUCUGGCCGUGGCGAACAGGUUUAUUGCGGCGCCUGUGAACCCAGCUGUGUGCACGGAGCAGUUCGAGGCCGAUGUGCGACUGUCAGGAGCGUCGUGCAUUCUAACGACGAAAGAGGAUGCCGAUCGUCUCGGGCUAGGGUCCUCAUCGAACAAGGGGUCGAGAACCGGAGCGCUGCCUGUCUUUUUGGUCAGUAGUGGCCGCAAAGGCGACGACGACAAACAGAGGAGCUGUCAAGUCGGGAUAAGACUUCUCGACGGGACUCUGUUGCUCCCAAACAAGGAACGUUUCGAGCCGAACAAGGCCGACGAUAUCGCCAUCGUUCUCUUCACCAGCGGCACUUCAGGGACGAAGAAACUGGUUCCCAUCACGGUGCACAACAUCUUCUCGGGAGUGGCGUUUGUCAUCGAGUCGUGGGCGCUGGCCGAGGAUGACGUGUGUUUGAAUAUGAUGCCGCUGUACCACAUUGGGGGUUUAGUGAGGAACAUCUUCUCGCCCAUCCUCUCAGGGGGCUCUGUCAUCUGCUGCCCAGCCUUCGACCCUAACCUGUUUUGGGACGUGGUGAAAAAAUCGAACCCCACCUGGUACUACGCGUCGCCCUCGAUGCACCAGAUGCUCCUCGCCCAGACGGAAACACGGCGGGCCCCACUCGCCAAGAGCAGAAUCCGCCUCGUCUGCAAUGCCGCAGGAGGCCUGCUCCCGGCGCUGGCCAACAAGCUCCAGCGCGCCUUUAAGUGCACGGUUUUGCCCAGCUACGGCAUGACGGAGUGCAUGCCCAUCUCCUCUCCUCCGAUCGACUACGAGCUCGACCAGCCAGGAACGUCGGGCCUCACGGUAGGCCCUGAGCUGAAGAUUCUCGACAGCGAUGGCCGGCCUCUACCGAGAGGAAUCAUUGGCAGGAUCUGCGUCAGAGGUGAGCCAGUCUUCCCUGGCUAUCUUUUGCCAAGUGGCGAGGUAGACAGGAGCGCCUUGACCCACGACGGGUGGUUCGACACGGGGGAUCUCGGACACAUGUCGAAGGAUGGCUACCUCUUCAUCACCGGCCGCAGCAAGGAGGUCAUCAACCGCGGCGGCGAGAUCAUUUCCCCCUUCGAGGUCGAGAACGCCAUCAUCUCCGCCGCACAAGACAGCAGCUCGCCGAUUUUUGGCCGAGUGGCCCAAGCCCUUGCCUUCUCCGUUCUGCACGAUAUCCUCCAAGAAGUUGUCGGUGUUGUUCUCGUCACGCCGCCACACACACGACGCGUUGACGUCCGUCAGCUCCGGCAGGCCCUCAGGUCGUCUCUGCAGCAGGCAAAGUGGCCCGCGCUGAUUGUGUACAUGGAUGAUCUCCCGCGACGGAACAACAAGGUUAUACGGAUCAGGUUGAGUGGGCGCCUCGGCCUACCGAAAAUAACUGAAAGCACACUAUACAGUAACCUUCAUUGGGAAGCCAUCUGCCCCCCAGCAGACACGGAAAUGACGGCGAGCAUCACGGCGAGCAUCCCGUCGAGGCGUUAUGUGUUCGACGAGGCCAAAAUUUCCGAGGCCGUAACAUCGUUGCUGCCACGAGCCAUACACCGACGGGUCGUGCUGAGCCCAACCACAGGGACUUUGGAAGUCUACAUUGCGCCGGUGGCCGGGAUUUCAAUAUCCCACGGAGCUCCCGAGCUCGACGAGGCAUUCCAAGAGAACCUAGUGGCAGCCCUCCCGAAACUAGUUGACGGCUGUCUCGUACCACACAAAUACAUGUUUCUCCCGCACCCUAUCCCCCUCGACAGCAGCGGCGAACUUGACAUCAUCUCUCUGCGAGAGUCGAUACGCGCACGAGAACAGACUUUGGAGGGCCGAGCGGACGACGCCACGACCACAAGCCGAGUCACUCGCAUCUUCGCCUCCAUCCUCUCCUGCGCCCCGGCCGACAUCCCCCGGCACGCCAGCUUCUUCGCCCUCGGCGGCGACUCGAUCCGCGCGGGCAAGCUGAUCUCAGCAUUGCGGUCCGAGUUCGGCGCUAGCCCGCCCGUCGAUCUCGUCUUCCGCGAUGGCAGCGUUGCCAGCCUGGCCGCGCACCUGGACGAGCGGCUGCAGCACACGGCCCGACUAGCUAAGCGGCCAGCUAAGCGGCCAGCUAAGCGGCCGUCCUCGAGCUCGUCAAGCUCGUCAACAACAACAUCCCGGACACGCGACGGCGAGCCGGCCAACAAGCACGCCGGGUCCCCGCCGCAAGUGAAGAAGACGCACAGCUCGACGAACCCGUUCCUGCUCGUCCUGCAGCUCACACCGAUGGCGGUGCUGUACCCCGUGCGCCGCGGCGCGCAGUGGACGACCUUCCUCAUGGCACUGGCCUACACGAAGGACUGGCCGACGAGCGACACGACGGCGGGCCGGCUGCUCAACAUCGUGGGGUGCAUCCUACUCACGCGCUUCGUGAUCCGCGCCACUAUGCCGUUUGCCGGCAUCCUCGCCAAGUGGGCCAUCAUCGGCCGCUACCGCGAGGGCGUGUAUCCCAUGUGGGGGCUGUACCACACGCGCUGGUGGUUCGUGCAGAAGAUUGUCGACAUUUGCGGCAUGGGUGUGUUUGGAUGCUCCAACACGACGCGCGUGUGCUACUACCGGCUGCUCGGAGCCAAGAUCGGUAAGGGCGUCAAGCUGCACGGCGCGCAGCUGGGCGAGUGGGACCUGGUCGAGGUGGGCGACGGGGCGAUCCUGGGCAAGUGCAUCUGCCGGCCGUUCGCCGGCGAGCGCAACACGGCCAUGUACCUGGGGCGGAUCUCGAUCGGGGCCGCCGCGUACGUGGGCGUGGCUUCGGUCGUGGCGCCGGGUACGGCGGUGCCGGCGGGCGUCUGCAUCGGCGCCAACUCGUCGAGCUGGGAGCUGGCCGACGCUUCCGAGUCCAACCGUGACCUGGCCUCGGACUUCGUCCCCAAGCCGCACUGGUUGCUGACCGUGGUUGCCACGGCGCCGCUGGUCGCGCUCACGCGCGCCGUCCGCUCCGUUCCUUGGCUGCUCGGCCUGCUCGGCCUCGUGCGCAGCGAGCCCGAGCGCUCCAACGCGCCCCUCGUCAGUAUCCUGCACUGGUUCGCCGGCGGUCAGCGCAUUACGUUCCACUUCCUGGCGCUUGCGCUCGGCUGUCUGUUUGGGCCGCUAUUCCUGAUCGCUGCCGUUCUCGCUAUCAAGGAGGCGCUCGACGCCGCGUUCGGCAAGCUGGGCCCGAGCCGCGCCGAGGGCCGGUCGCAGGUCGAGCGGUGGCGCAUGGCGCUGAUGAAAGCUAUGUACCCAGUGUCGGCGCUGCACGACCUGACAGCGUUGUUCGGACACCACUACGAGUCGACAUCGGUGGUGAUGCGGCUGCUGGGCGCCAAGGUCGGCCGCCGCGUGUACUGGCCCGGCACCGGCCCGGGCAUCGGCGACUACCACUUGCUGGACGUGGGCGAUGACGUCGUGUUUGGCUCGCGCGCCCACCUGAUCACGUCUGACGCGGCCGGCUCCGACGCCAUCACCAUCCGCGACCGCGCCAUGAUCGCCGACCGCGUCACUUGUCUCCCUGGUGUGACGGUCGGCGAGAACACGGUCAUGGGGUCAGGUGCCCUCACUCGUCGUGGCAAGACAUAUCCGGCCCAGGGCGUGUUUGUCGGGUCGAAAGGCGGCGAUGCCCUGUGUUUGUCUAAAGGCGGUGAUGCCCCGUGUUUGCCGAAAGGCGGUGAUGCCCCGUGUUUGUCGAAAGGCGGCGAUGCUCCGAGGCGGCCGCACGGGAGGAGCGAGACGCAGGAAUCCAUUGUCAGCGCCCUGUCCAUGCCCUCGUCGUUUGCAAGCACAGAGUCGCCAUCAGUUACCAGCUCGGCAACCCAGGCAGUCACGGUAAACCCUACCGGCCUUGAUCUAGAGAAGGCAAUAAUCCAAGUGCAGGUCCUCCACGACCAGGGCUCGCAAGCGGAGCUGCGGCCAAAGUCGCCUCCCGUGCCGGAUGCCAACAACGACAGCAAGACUGCAGACGUCGCCGACGCUUCCACCCCGUUCGGCCGCGCCUUCUACCUGAAGCAGGUGCCAUACCACGUGCUCGGACAGUCUUCCAUCUUCGCCUACUCAAGCUUCAUCCGCGUGUUUACUGCGGUGUACUGGAACGCCCCCUUCAUCGUGUCGGUCCAGCUCUUCGACCGGUGGUACCAGCUGAACGAUCCCCCACCCGACGUCAACCCGCUGCACCUCUUCGGUCUCUUUACAGCCUGCUACGCUGCGCUCGUCACGCUGCAGUCUCUCCUCGCUCUACUCCUCGUCAUAGCUGCGAAGUGGGCCCUCCUCGGCCGCCGGCAGCCAGGCAGCUACAGCUGGGACACGCACCCGUACUGCCAGCGAUGGCAGGCGUUUCUGGCCAUCGAGACGCUCCGCCGGUCCUGCUUCCGCGGCUGCGGCGUGUUGGGCAUGCUCACGGGCACGCACUGGCUAGUGCUCUACUUCCGGGCGCUCGGGGCAAAGAUCGGCAAGGACUGUGCCCUGUUUGCCAACGGCCGGCCGAGUUUGUUGCUCACCGAGCCUGAUCUGCUCACGCUCGGAGACAGAGUCGUGGUGGACGAUGCGAGCUUGGUUGGGCAUAUCAACACCCGCGGCAAGUUUGAUUUAAACUGGCUCGAGGUCGGUGGCCGGUGUGUGCUGAGGACGGGGAGCAGGCUGCUCUCUGGCGCCACCAUGCAAGAGGACAGCUGCCUGCUGGAGCACACAAUGGUUAUGGGCGGCGAGACGGUCGAGGCCGGUGUCACGAUGCAGGGCUGGCCGGCUGAGGUCUUU